CCCGGGGGCGGUGGUGCAGCGCUUUGAGGCGAGGCAGCACGCGGUGGACGCGGAGGGAGUGGCCAUCUACCUGCGCGCGCUCGUCACCACCGACCGCCUCUCCUCCUUCCUCCCCUCCUCCAACAACGCCCGCCCCACCUCCCUCCCCUUGCUCCUGGAGGAUCUGAAGCAGCGCGCCACGUCAGAAGAGGGCCAGCUGGGGCUGCCGCCCGGCACCACGGAGCAGACGCCCCUGCACGUGGUGAUGGUGGAGAGGGAGGUGAAGCCGCUGUCACGUGGGCUGCGUGUGCUGCAGGAGCUGCUCUCAGCGCUGCUCGCCUGCUUCUUCGGCCUCCUCCUCUGGGCGGCAGCAACGACGGCGUUGAGGCGCUACGCCAGUGGCGUCACCGGCAUGGGAGGGGGGGGGAUGGCGGGGGGGCCAGCAGCGGGCAUGGGGGCGGGCGGGGCGGGCGUGUACUCGCCCAAGGAGUAUAACAAGGAGACCAUGCCCGAGAAGGUGAGCGGCUGA